AUGGUUAAGCAUAGUGAGUUGUUGGAACAAUUUAGAGACCUUAGUUUAGUUUGUGAAGUGACACCAGAAAGUAUUAAAUUGGGAAUGUUGAAGGUAACUAGUGGACUAUUGGAAGAGAUUGAAAACAACCAGGAAUUGGAUUUAUACCUUUUAGACAAGUUACAGUCAAUGGACCAAGGGAGAGAACCUGAUUUUAAAAUAGGUGUGGAUGAAAUUUUGAGAUUUAAGGAGAUAAUUUGUGUUUCCGAUGUAGAGGAGUUAAGAAAGAUGAUCUUAGAGGAGGGACAUAGGAGUUGUCUAAGUAUUCACCCUAGAGCCACAAAGAUGUAUAAGGACCUCAAGAAGAUAUUUUGGUGGCCCAAAAUGAAAAAAGAUGUUGCUGAGUUUGUGUAUGCUUGCUUGACUUGUCAAAAGUCAAAGGUAGAAUACCAAAAACCUUCAGAGUUUACCUAUAACAAUAGUUUCCACUCUAGCAUUGGAAUGGACCCUUGUGAGGCGUUGUAUGGGAGAAGGUGUAGGACCCCUCUGUAUUGGUUUGAGACGAGUGAUAACCUUGUGUUAGGACCUGAGAUUGUUCAACAGACUACUGGUAAAGUAAAAAUGAUUCAGGAAAAGAUGAGAGCAUCUCAGAGUAGGCAAAAGAGUUACCAUGAUAAAAGAAGGAAAAACCUCGAAUUUCAAGAAGGUGAUCAUAUAUUUCUGAGAGUUACUCCAACAACUAGGGUUGGUCGGCCAUUAAAAAUGCGAAAGCUUACUCCUCGGUUUAUAGGACCUUACCAAAUUCUUAAACGUGUCGGUAACGUAGCAUAUCAGAUCGCGUUGCCUUCGUCUCUUUCUAAUCUUCAUAGUGUCUUUCAUGUGUCUCAACUUCGCAAGUACAUUUUCGAUCCCUCACACGUGAUUGAGUCAGACAAGGUCCAAAUAAAAGAUAAUCUAACUUUUGAGACCUUACCGCAACAGAUUGAAGACCAAAAGACCAAAGAAUUAAGGGGUAAGACGAUUUCAUUCGUUAAGGUUGUCUGGGGAGGUGCUACUGGUGAAAGGGUGAUAGCGUUUCAGCAAGUGUACUGA